AUGAACAUCGGAAUGGACAACCGCCAGUUCUUCAACGCUGCAUCAGACUGCCAGCUCCGGCUGGGGUACGCCUUCACCAGGCUUUCCCAUCUAGCCCGCGCUCUUAACGGCAGUGGGAAUCGAGCUCAGUUUGGUGAAUCCGAAAUAGUCGAAAGCAACAAGCCACUCGCAAUCUACGGCGAUGCUCUGAUGCAAACGCUUUUGGCAAAGAAGUGGCUCAACGCCGGCCUCAGUCCGGAUCAAUGGACUCGAGACAUAUGCCAGACUUUGUUGACCAACAAGAACCUGGCCGAGGUCGGGACUGACAACGGCAUCCGGCGCUUCAUCCUCUGCUCGGGAGGUACCCGUCCUUCUGACAAGAUGACAGCCACUGCCGUCGAAGCUAUCAUUGGGGCUGCACACCUUGAUGGCGGCGACGACGCUGCCAACCUAGUCAUGGAGAACUUGGGCAUCACUAGUCCACUGCUUGAAGAGUCCUCCGUCAAAGGCGACCCCGGGAGCCGCUCCAAGGGGGAGCCCCAAACCUCUGGAUGA